CAACUGCCUCAACCUGGUUUAGAAUACUUGAUUUGUUCGUAUAUGGAUUAGGAUCCGAACACGAAGACCUGACGAAGUGACCAUCCUCCUUCUCCAACUUCUUCAGUUUCGCAAGAUCCAAUACGCAUACUCAGACACCGAUACCGAUUUUCACAUUCUACCACGUGCAUAUGAAAAUGGUGGAUGGGUUUGUGUAGAGACUGAUCAGAAAGAUCGAAAAUGGCUACGAAUCCUUCCCUCCUCCCCGAGAUCGGCCCCGACGGUCUCCCUCGUGAAGCUCCAGUCAUUGCCUACACCGAACGGAUAAUCGAGGCGGAGCAACUUCAGUUGAAGAAAUACAUUGAAGAAAAUUAUUCUAAAAUUCGUGAUGUUGAACGGGAACUAGCGAAUCUUACGUUAGAGAUGAAACUCACUGCUGGGCCGAAGAAGGCAGCACUUGAGCACAUGAGAAAGAAAAUUGAGAUGUCAACUGAGAGGAUUCAUGUUGCUAAGCUGAAGGAAGAACAAGCACGGAAGGUGUGGGAAGCUGCAUCAAAGGCCUUAAAGGAAGAGGAAGAGGUAAAGCAGAAGCUAUGUGAAGAUCUAAAUCGCCUGGUUCAAGAAAGUAGUAAUGCACAAUUCUCCAGACUUGAGGAGUUGAAAAGGCGACUAGAAGCCUUGAACCCUGGCAGAGUGUCUACAUCUGUCCCUCAAGAAAUGAGACCUGUACAUGGUAGCACAGCACUGGAAGCUUCUGCAGUUCCUCAUACAUCAGAGCGGGCUGGUGGAGGAGCCGAGAAUCUGUCCAAACAGGGAAACAGUGGAGUUGAUCCAGUUACAAAUGGGCAUAAUCAACUCUCUCCUGUUGUGGGAGAAGGAAGAGGAAAGAAGAAAAAUUUGAUGCAAGGAAGAGGAAAAGGAUUUGGGGCAGUGCAAAAGAGUAGGGGGUCUGCAGAACCUGGCUGGACAGGGGCUGGGUUUGAUGUAGAUGGGAGAACUUGAGAGCAAUAUUCCAAUCCUCCCAUGCCCCUUGGAGAAACCAUGAAAUGAGAAAUUUUACUGCUGCUUGUCUGCUAGGUAAAUUUUUUGGCCCAAAAGUUCCCUUCUUUAUGCUGUUGGUCAACUCUCUUUGUCACUUGUAUUUCCCAAAUUGCUUGCUUGUUGAUAUAACAAGUGGUCAAUCUAAUCAUUCUUUUUCUCAUUUAUACUUUUAAGCUUGUGUGUGUCAUACAUACUUUUCAGUUCUCAUUCAAUCAUGAAACAAAUAGAAAUGUUCCAUUUCUAGUA